AUGGCCUCCUCGGCGGCAGCAGGCUUUCUAGGCCGCGGGAGCUCAGGAAACAAUGCGAACAUGCGUGGAUUAGUGCAGUUCAUCGCGGACAUACGGAAUGCGAGAGCAAGAGAAUUGGAAGAGAAGAGGAUAAAUAAGGAGCUGGCGAAUAUAAGACAGAAAUUCAGAGAUGGGAACCUCAACGGCUAUCACAAGAAGAAAUAUGUCUGCAAGCUUCUCUACAUAUACAUCCUGGGUUGGAACGUCGACUUCGGACACCUGGAAGCUGUCAAUCUCAUAUCUGCAAGCAAGUACUCUGAAAAGCAAAUCGGAUACCUUGCCAUGACCCUUUUUCUCCACGAGCAACACGAACUCCUGCAUCUGGUUGUCAACAGUAUUCGGAAAGAUCUCACGGAUCAGAACGAGUUGUACAAUUGUUUGGCGUUACAUGCCAUCGCCAAUGUUGGAAGCAGGGAGAUGGGCGAGGCACUAAGUGGUGAAGUACACAGAUUGCUGAUAUCUCCGUAUGCCACCAAGAUCCAGUUUGCUAGGCCCCUACUGAUGGUGAAAUUUAGGACUUCCAAGGCGUUCGUGAAGAAAAAGGCCGCGUUGACUCUGCUCCGUUUGUACAGGAAACACCCAGACAUCGUUCAACCGCAAUGGGCCGAAAGAAUCAUUUCGCUCAUGGACGAUAUAGACAUGGGAGUGGCGCUCUCUGUAACUUCGCUGGUCAUGGCACUUGCCCAGGACCAACCCGACCAAUACAAGGGCAGUUAUGUCAAAGCUGCGUCAAGAAUGAAGAGAAUAUUAGUCGACAACGAAUACGCGACAGACUACCUUUACUAUAAUGUACCGUGUCCGUGGAUACAGGUCAAGCUGCUUAGGCUGUUGCAAUAUUACCCACCAUCAGAGGAUACACAUGUCCGCGAUUUAAUACGCGAGUCCUUACAAAAGAUUCUGAAUCUAGCCUUGGAAAUGCCCAAAAAUGUGCAGCAGAACAAUGCGCAAAACGCCGUCCUUUUCGAGGCCAUCAACCUAAUUAUUCAUCUCGAUACUGAACAGGCACUGAUGAGUCAAAUCUCGCACCGGCUAGGAAAAUUCAUUCAAUCUAGAGAAACGAAUGUAAGAUAUCUUGGGUUGGAGGCCAUGACUCAUUUGGCUGCUCGAGCAGAAAACUUGGAUCCGAUUAAACAGCACCAGGGCAUCAUUAUCAGUUCGUUGAAAGAUAGGGACAUUAGUGUGCGGCGUAAAGGUCUGGAUUUGCUCUACAGCAUGUGCGACCAAACCAACGCUCAGCCGAUCGUUGGCGAACUUCUGCAAUAUCUCCAAAAUGCUGAUUUCGCAAUCCGAGAGGAGAUGGUCUUGAAGAUUGCCAUCCUGACCGAAAAAUACGCUACGGACAUUCAAUGGUAUGUCGACAUCUCUCUUCGGCUGAUCUCGAUUGCGGGAGACCAUGUGAGUGACGAGGUUUGGCACCGAGUCAUCCAAAUUGUCACAAACAACGAGGAACUGCAAGUCUAUGCUGCACAGAAUAUCUUGCAGUAUCUCAAGGCAGACCAUUGUCACGAAACUUUGGUGAAGAUUGGCGGCUACAUCCUGGGCGAGUUCGGUCAUCUUGUCGCAGAAGACAAGGGCUGUAGUCCCAUCGAACAAUUCAUUGCAAUCCAAGGGAAGCUUCAAGGCUGCUCCUCGCCUACUCGAGCAAUCAUUCUUUCCUGUUUCAUCAAAUUCGUUAACCUGUUCCCCGAAAUCAAACCUCGACUCAUGUAUGUCUUCCAGGCGUACAGUCAUACUUUGGACUCCGAGCUUCAACAGCGAGCAUGUGAAUAUCUCGCGUUGGCGAGUCUGCCUACCGAUGAUCUACUACGCACUGUUUGUGAUGAAAUGCCGCCAUUCCCGGAAAGACAGUCUGCUCUUCUAUCUCGAUUACAUCAGAGGCAUGGCAACACUAGCGAUAAGCGAACUUGGGUCGUGGGUGGAAAGGAUGCCAAUGCCAAUGAGAAGGAAUUAAGCUUGACCAAGAACACAGGUCUUACGCAAUCUUUCAGUGCGAAUGGUACUGCGAGUAGAGUGAACGGUUCCUCAAAGGCGACCAAUGGCUCGAAUGGCCAUGCCAACAGCAACAGUGAUCUCGCAGGCUUAGAUUUGAUGGAUGUUGGACCGUCGGAACCCAAGACUUUGAAAGCGCCAAACCUUGCUAGUGCUGCUCACCUUUCUCCCGAUUGGGAGUAUGGCUAUAACAAACUCUUGCUGAAAGCAGAAGGGGUACUUUACGAAGAUGGGCAGAUGCAAAUUGGCGUGCGGUCAGAAUAUCGUGGGCAAAUGGCCUGCGUCAUUCUUUACUUCUCUAACAAGAGUCCAAGAGCAGUCAGCUCGUUCACGACAACCCUCGAUCUCGAGCCAUCGGAGAAGGGAAAUCUGAGCUGGGAAGUAAAGGGCUUACCUGAGAGCACGAUCUACGAAGGCUCCCAAAGUCAGCAAAUGAUCAUGUUUGAGGCGAAGAAGGUAUUCGAGAAGAGUCCUACCAUUCGAAUCAGUUACUUGGCAGGGGCGUUGCAAGCCCUUACGCUGAAGCUCCCUGUCACGAUUCAUAAAUUCAUGGACCCUGCCGAGCUCUCAGCAGAAGACUUCUUCAAGCGCUGGAAGCAGAUUGGUGGCGCACCCCGCGAAGCACAGCGUAUCUUUGGCGUGAAAGGAGGUAAAGGGGGCGAUCAUGAGAUCAAUGAGUCUUUCAUAAGAAAGACUAUCAAUGGCUUCAGGUGGGGUGUUUUGGAUGGUGUUGAUCCAAACAAGAAGAAUUUCGUUGGCGCUAGUGUUUUGCAUACUGCUGAAGGUGGAAAGUUCGGGUGCUUGCUUCGCCUUGAGCCUAAUUAUACGACAGGCAUGGUUCGGCUCACUAUUCGCGCCACGGACGAGAGCGUGCCUCCAAUCAUGAUUCAAACCAUGCAAGAACGCCUAGAGGUCGGCGUAUCCACUCACCCCGAAGUCAUCGAGCCUCCAACGAGGAGAGAAAUCUCGGAAUCUUUUGGUAACGUGCUUGUAACAUGA